UCUCGGCCAACGCCAGCAACUGGCUGUACCUGGCAAAGCUGUCUUCAGUGGGGAGCAUCUCCGAGGAGGAGACUUGCGAGAAGCUGAAGGGCUUGAUCCAGCGCCAGGUGCAGAUGUGCAAGAGGAACCUGGAGGUGAUGGACUCGGUGCGGCGUGGAGCCCAGCUGGCCAUUGAGGAGUGCCAGUACCAGUUCCGCAACCGCCGCUGGAACUGCUCCACACUGGACACCCUGCCUGUCUUUGGCAAGGUCGUAACACAAGGGACACGGGAGGCAGCAUUCGUCUAUGCCAUCUCUUCAGCAGGGGUGGCCUUCGCAGUGACCCGAGCCUGCAGCAGCGGCGAGCUGGACAAGUGUGGAUGUGACCGCACGGUGCAGGGGGGCAGCCCACAGGGCUUCCAGUGGUCAGGCUGCUCCGAUAACAUCGCCUACGGCGUGGCCUUCUCACAGUCCUUCGUUGACGUCCGCGAGAGGAGCAAAGGGGCUUCUUCCAACAGAGCGUUAAUGAACCUCCACAACAACGAGGCAGGGAGGAAGGCGAUCCUGAACAACAUGCGGGUGGAGUGCAAGUGUCAUGGUGUGUCAGGCUCGUGCGAGUUCAAGACGUGCUGGAAAGCCAUGCCCCCCUUCCGCAAAGUGGGAAACGUCCUGAAGGAGAAAUUCGACGGUGCCACAGAGGUCGAGCAGAGCGAGAUUGGAUCCACAAAAGUGCUGGUGCCCAAAAACUCCCAGUUCAAGCCGCACACAGACGAGGACCUCGUCUACCUGGACUCCAGUCCCGACUUCUGUGACCACGACCUCAAGAACGGGGUGCUGGGCACCAGUGGCCGGCAGUGCAACAAGACCUCCAAGGCCAUCGAUGGCUGCGAGCUGAUGUGCUGCGGCCGGGGCUUUCAUACGGACGAAGUGGAGGUUGUGGAAAGGUGCAGCUGCAAAUUCCACUGGUGCUGCUCCGUCAAGUGCAAACCCUGCCAUCGGGUGGUGGAAAUCCAUACAUGCCGGUGAUGCACAGAGGGAAGCACCCAUCUGUCCCCGUCUCUAACUGACCUUGCUUCUCCCUUGCCCCAGAGCCAGGACUGAGGAAGUAACCCAGAUGCUGCAGGGAGAGCGCAGCUCUUUACAGAGACAAAGCCCCAGAGGAAAACAGAUUUUAAGAAAAAAAAAAAAUAUUUAAAGUUU